AUGAUAGUCUUUCGUAGGUCGCAUUCUUUAGAACAAAGCACUCAGCCGUGCAGCGAUAAGCCAAGCCAAAGUUUCAUCGCAUCAAAGUCAAAGUCCAAAAAUAACAUUCGGACUUCACAAUUAAAGCAGCCAGCAGCCAGCAUCCCUCUCCUUCUCUUCUUCUCUUCUCGCUAUAGAUGAAUGACUGUCGGUGACCAGAGCUGGUUUCUUUUUUUGCUUUUGUAUUGAAGAAAUAAGGAGCUGAGAGGAUACAGGAUGGUGAGUUGGAUGGCGUUUACGGGUGUUAAAUGGUGUGGACUGACAUCAUCGCCAAGCAGGCAGAAAACGACGCAGCAGCAGCAGCAGCAAACAACUCGAAUACAAGUGCAAGCAGCAACAAUGAACACCAACAGACUGAAAACCAUGAAGACAGUAAUCAUCAAGACAGCACAGCUGCAUCGCAACAGCUCAACUCACCCACCGAGAGCGAAAGCUCAGAAGGUGUCUUAGCUUCCACCUCCACCGGCACCACCGCCCACGAUGACCACGACGACGACGACGACAACCUCUCCAAAACAGCGACGGAGACGGACGAGACAGACGCGCAGCCCGAAAAACCAGGACAGGAGAUCGAUCCCGCUAUAAUCCUCCCGCAGCUCAUUCACAAGAUCGAUCCUCCGACGCAGCAGAUUCGACGGGUCGAACCGAAUGUUUCUACGAAGAUAGGAACGACGUCAAAGAGACGGAUAUGUGGGAUCAGGUUACCGAUUGCUAUCUGCGCUCUUCUUUUGAUUGCUCUUGCGGUUGGGUUGGGUGCUGGCCUCGGCGUUGGCUUGAAUAAGAAUAAAAGCAGUAGCGCAUCAACUGCUCCCUCAUCGCCAUCCUCCCCUGCCUCCUCCUCCUCCUCGACGUCAGCUUCCGCCACCGAGUCAUCAACCUCAUCCGCUACAUCCACCGCCACCGUCGUCGCUCUCCAAGCCGCGACCGAGACCCCGACCGCGCGAGACACGAUCUCCGAGUACGGCUCAGUCAAGUCCUCAUUCUGCACCCCCGACGCCAGCAUCCUCGGCUUCCUGCAAGCGAACUUCACCGUCGAGCUCAUGGAUUUCCAGUUUUACUCCUCGUACUGGCUUGAUGGCUCGGACGCUGGGUUGGUGAGACAGAUUGCGACUGCGAAGGAUGAUGUUGCGGAGAUCACGGGCGAGGAGGAGGUUACUAGUGUGUUUGCGACGUGUCAGGUUGAUUCGGGUCGUGAGUAUAUAUUUCGAGUGUCUUUGAAGUAUAUUAUAGACUCGGGAUACAACAAGUCUGAGGACUUGACCGCGUACUACAUCUCCAUCGUCCUCGGCUCUACCUCAGUCACCGACGACCUCUACCCCUUAAACACGACCAUCGUCUCCCAGUCCGAAGCCAUAACCUACAACGACACGACAAUAACCCUCGAGCGCCGACUCACGAUCCCCGACUCUCUCGACAUCGCCAACCCAAACAACCUCCUCGUCACCUUCCAAGCCACUUCAGCCUACCAAACCACCUAUCUCUACCUGAUGACCUUGACCCCCGCCGCAAACGAGACAUGCAGCGGUCCAGAUCCGGAUUUCAGCACGCGGCUGGUAAGCCCCCAUGACGUCGACGUCGACCUCGUUGUUCGCGCAAACAGCGACUUUGCAAAUAUCUCGGCUUUGUCGACGACGAUCGAGAGCAGUUACUGCAUACCACCUGGAAACGUCACUCUCUCGCCUCGCUUUGAGUCUAUAGACGACUGGUCUUCAGUCUCUGCAGACGUGGGUAGUACGACGUUCGCGUAUACUUCUCUCAACUGGACAGAUGGUUCGAGCGGGGGCGUCUAUCUGGCUCCGAUCACGGUCGACUUGCUUAGUGGUUCUGAGACGCAGUCGGAUCCAGUGAGCUUGUAUCAAAGCUUGCAGCUCAAUUCUAGUACCGAGUAUAAACUCCGACUAGCUUUUAAAAUCGUCCUGCUGAAUAACUACGACGACUACUCUUCGGACAUCCCCGCCAUCGCCAUCUCCGUCCCCUCCUCCUCCUCCUCCUCCUCCUCCCCUCUAUUCCAAUACACCCUCUCGCGAUCCGAAGUCGACAGUUUCGCUCUAAACGACACGACAAUGACCGUCAUCGGCACCUUCACCGCCGACUCAGACGACGGCACCGUCGUCCAGUUUAACUCCUCGGCUGUCAUGCAGUACUCGUUCUUGUACCUCGCGAGCGUGUACACUGAUACCGAUAACUCUACGUGCGGAUAUUCGGAUCCGAAUUAUGAGCUUUCUGCUGUUGAUAUAAGUUUUGAUGAUUAGUCAAUAAGCUGAUGUUUUGUUCACUUCACCGCCGACUCAGACGACGGCACCGUCGUCCAGUUUAACUCCUCGGCUGUCAUGCAGUACUCGUUCUUGUACCUCGUGAGCGUGUACACUGAUACCGAUAACUCGACGUGCGGGUAUUCGGAUCCGAAUUACGAGCUUUCGGCUGUUGAUUUGAGUUUUUAAGAAUGAGCUGGUGGUUUGUUCACUUCACCGCAGACUCAGACGACGGCACCGGCGUUCGGUUUAACUCCUCGGCUGGCAUGCAGUACUCGUUCUUGUAUCUCGCGAGCGU